UUUUUUUUUUUUGUUUCCUUCAUGACUGAAAAGCAAAAAGAAUUAAUAAAUCCUUUAGCUAUUGCUAAACUGUUAGGUUCUUCUAACCCAAAGUUAGACCAUCUUGUUCGUUUCCUAAACUCUGUUCGAGGCACAGAUAAAGUGCUUAUGUUUAUUCAAUAUUGGUCAAAAGUGAUUAUUUGGUUUAUAUACAGGAAGAAGAAGGGUUCAUUAAAGACAACAGCUUCUUUAAUACAACGUAUAAAAAACUUGGCUGGCCCCGUAAGUGAUUUUAGAAUCUUAUUACGUUAUUAUGGUCUAUUACCUAUGAUACAAUAUAUGAAUUAUCUCGAAUAUCAUCCACCUUCAACCAAAUUGGCUUUAACAAUCGAACGACUUCAGAAUUGGGCUAAUAUCAUCUAUUACCCCUUAGAACAUAUCUAUUGGUUAGGUGCUCAUGACGUGAUCCCAUUGAGUGAAGAAAAGACGAAUAAGAUUGGCAUCUGGAGUUGUCGUUUCUGGGCUGCUUAUGUUAUUUUGGAAUAUGGUAGAUUGAUGGAACAAUACAAAGAUUUAAAGAGAAGGGAGACUGGUUUAUUAAAACGUAUUAAAGCGGGUGAUAUUGAGACAUGUGAAGACCCUGAAGCUGAGAUGGCUUCUAUUAAAGCAGAGAGAAUAACAAUGUUCGUGAAUACAUGUAUUAAUACAGGUUAUUUGCCAUUAACUAUUCAUUGGUCUUUGGAGAAAUCAAAUUUCCCAGAUGUCUUGGUAGGUGUAUUUGGUGGAUUCGCUUCUAUUUUUCAAAUUUAUAGUGCAUGGAAAGCAACUGCUUAAUUAAAUAAAAAAAAAAAAGAAAAAAGCCAUCAUUAUUUGAAUAAAAAAAAAAUUCACUUGUACAUGUACUCGAACUUAAUAAAAGGAACAACUCCUCUCCCUUAUCAAUGUCUUUCAUCAAGUAAACAACCAUCAAUUCUACCAUGCAAAGACUCAUUGUUACAUUGCUUGUAAUUUAUAACAUUAUUUACUAAAAUCUUGCCAUAUAAAAUAGAACUACAGACACUCGUUACUAACCAUUACUUGCUUCUCUCCGAUUAGACCUGGGGUUAUUUACUGAAAC